AUGUCUAAAAACGUCGUUGAUGAUUCUUUCCCGACCAAUGAACAACAAUUAUGUGUGACCACGACCGAAUCUUUAUAUACCGAAGGAUCUGAUCAAGAUUACAAACCACCGAGAUGGUCGGAGGAAUCGGUCAAUUAUCAAAAAAACGAAAAUGAACUUACACCAGAAAUAAUUUCUCCAAUUUAUGAUGAAAAUAUCGUAGUGACACCUCCGAUCGAUGGUUCUUCUGUAUCAACCGAUUCUCCUACUAAAGAAUACUCAUCAAACGGGACUCCAAUCUGUUUAUCAAACUGUGCUUCAACUCUUACUGAAACACAUAUAGAACCUUCAGAGAAUACAACUACUACACUUGAAAAUAAUGAAGAUUCAAGACAAUAUGACAAUUAUUUUGAUGCAUCAAUUAAUCAUUCAACUUUAAAUGAUCGAACAUACUUUCAUAAUUAUUAUCAGUAUGUUCCACCUUCUUCUAUUCAACAAACAUCCAUGACAAAUAAUAAUCAAACUACAACUUUAAACACAACUUUAAAUACAACUUUAAAUACAACUUUAAAUAAUGGUGGAUAUAUGAUGAAUACUGGACCAAGAAUUGAUCCAAGUCUUUUGAAUUAUGAACAUAAUUUAACAGUUCAAAAUCCUAAUAAUUAUGGACAAGCUUAUGCAAAUAUGUCAGUUACGAACAAUACCAUUUCAAAUCAAGCACUAUAUUGGAAUGAACAAAUGCCACGUGGAUUACAGACACAUUUUUAUGGAUCACUUCCUGCCAACGCAUCUCUUGGAUAUGAUCAUUUGACACAUCAAAUUAUUAAUGGACGUUCGCCGAAUUCCGCAGCUGCUUUGGUCACGGACCAAGCUUAUAUGAUUUUGGAUCCAUUACUUACUAGUAAAGGAAAGAAAAAACGUGGGCGUAAACCAGAAACAGAAUAUUCAAAUAUUAUGCCUUUACAUUCACCUGCUUCUGCAGAUGGAAUUAGACAAGGAGAAAUUGCGCAAUGUUCUAACUGUGGCGUAAGAGAUACACCUGCUUGGAGGCGUGAUCUACAAGGUGUCGCGUUACUUUGCAACGCGUGUGGAUUAUAG